CCAUGAAUCCUACUUAAACCAAAACCAAAACAAAAACAAAAAAAAUCCAAAAAUCACACGCCAACAAAACAGAAAUCAGAAAUCACAAAGAGUCUCUCUGUAACAGCAGAAGCUACUGGUGUGUUCUUCUUCAACGGGAGCGCCAACAACAAAAACAAGAACGACCACUACACUGACGCAGCGCGCGCAUCAAGCGCAAGAACACAUCAGCUUAGUUUAUAAUUCGCGCGCGGCGGUAGUUACGGUGGCGAAGCGUAGAGAAAAGAUCGAUCUUCAAUGAGGGGAAAAUAUACGACAACGCCGACAACAAAGAAGAAGAGUUUGAGUUUCUCUCUCUUCGAUGGUGGUUGUUAUUAUAAGAGUAGUAGAAUUAUCAACAUUAGAUGGCCGGCUUGCAAAUGAGUUGGCAACCAAGUCUUGUUUACCAGAAACGCAAAAAUGGCGGCCCUUUAGGGUUGAAGAAUCUUGGCAAUUCUUGUUAUCUUAAUUCUGUUCUUCAGUGUCUCACUUACACACCUCCUCUCGCUAAUUUCUGCCUCAAGAAUCAACACUCUUCUUUCUGUGAUUCAGCUUCUGAGCCUGAUAGAAAACGGGAUUGCCCCUUCUGUAUAUUAGAAAAACGGAUUGUACGUUCACUGAGCAUUGAAUCAGCACUUGAUACACCAGCAAAGAUUGUGAGCUGCCUUCGGAUAUUUGCUGAGCACUUCAAGUGUGGCCGACAGGAGGAUGCUCACGAGUUCCUCCGCUAUGUUAUUGAUGCUUGUCACAACACGUGCCUCCGAUUGAAGAAAUUACAACAGCAACGCGCUAGGAAAAUCACCAAUGGAAGCGGAGGAGAGAGUCAUAGUGGCAACACUAUUGUCAAGGAGAUCUUUGGGGGUUCUCUGCAAAGUCAAGUAAAAUGUCUUUCUUGUGGAACUGAGUCAAAUAAGGUCGACGAAAUCAUGGAUAUUUGCCUUGAAAUAUCCAAUUGUGGCUCACUUAAAGAUGCCAUGAAAAGAUUUUUUCAGGCUGAGAUUUUAGAUGGUAAUAACAAAUACAAAUGCGACAGAUGCAAGAAACUAGUGCCAGCCAAGAAACAAAUGUCGGUUCUCCAAGCACCAAAUGUACUUGUAGUCCAACUUAAGAGAUUUGAGGGAAUUUUUGGCGGGAAGAUAGAUAGGGUGAUCGCAUUUGAAGAAUUUUUGGUUCUUUCAAGCUUCAUGUGCAAAUCAAGUCAGGAUCCUCACCCUGAGUAUAGCCUUUUUGCUACCAUUGUGCAUUCUGGCUUUUCACCUGAAUCAGGACAUUAUUAUGCAUACAUUAAGGAUGCCAUGGGUCGUUGGUAUUGCUGCAAUGACUCUUAUGUGACAUUGUCAACCCUGCAAGAAGUACUUUCUGAAAAAGCUUAUAUUCUGUUUUUCACCCGAACGGGCCAGAAACCUGUUUGUGCUGAUACAGCUGCUGUGUCAAAUGGAGUGAAGCCUCAUGAGAUUAAUGGCAGUAACAUGUUUAAAUCUCCCAGAAGCUCUAUUCCUGUGAAAGCAAUGAACAUGAAAUCAUCUAAUUCCCCUUCACUUAUUAAAGGCAUUCCUGCUGCAAGCAAGAAUAAAGAUGCUUCUAGUAUUCUACAAACUAAGUUCAGCGGCAUCGCAAAUUCUCUUGUCACUAGAGUUUCUGGUAGUACUAAUGGGAAAACUGAUGUUCAGAAAAGGGAACCUGUGCAAAGUAAUGGAAGUGUGGGCCAUUCUUUUUGUAAUCAGAUGAAUGGAAACAAUAUACAUCCAUUGCAAGAUAACAAUGGAGACUGUAAAAAUGGAGAACAUAAUGCCGUUGCAAAUAGGAAAGUUUUGGUGAAUGGUGAUGCUCAUGCCAAUAAUGGGACUUUUGGUCCUGAAAAAGGAAGUUUCCAUGAAGACAAUGGCUUAAAAGAAAAAGAGGGUCCAGGAAAGAUGCUUGACAAUGGCUCCAUACAUAAUGGUCAGAGUAAUGAGUGCAUUGGUGUCUCUGGCUUUACGAGGAAGCCGGAAAACAGAGGGGAUGUAGGGAAGAUGCUCGACAAAGGUGCCAUUAAUAAUGGUCAGAGUCACAAGUGUUUUGAUGUUUCUGGUUUCAAGAGAAAGUUGGAAGACAGAGGCUCAUGCAUUUUGCUUGCCAAAGAUGCUCAAUCCCGGGCAAGAGUUGAAGAAUUCAAGGAAGCUCUUCAGAAGGAGGCUGCAUUAGCUCUACAAACAUGUGGCUGGUCUGAUAUGGUUUAUAAGUACAUGAGAUCAAGGAAGAGGAUGUGUAUGGAUAUCUGUAGCUCAGCAGAUGACAACGACCGAAAGAAUAUAUUGAUAACUGAUGCCAAAACAACUUUUAUAUCACAAAUUCCCGGAUCUUUAAAAGGGAGCUUGAUCGAACACAUCAAGUCGUUCAGCAGCCUGGAAUAGUUGAUAGUUGUUACUCUCUGAUUCACAAAACCGAAAAGAUUUCUGGCACUUCAAGAAUUUAAUCAGCAGACUCCUGACUAGGAGUGGGUUGUAAACUUCUUUGUAAAAUAUGGGGAUGUGUAUUGUAUGAGCCCGCCCUAUAUUAUGCGAUACGGGUGGUUGUGACACAUUGAGGAUAUGAAAUACAUUUUUUCUCCCUUCAAAAAGAAAAAGAAAGUACUUCUGCCUAAUCUUCUGCUGAUAGUCAUUGCUACUUGCCAGAUGACAUUUUCCUGAGAGGGACUGAAAUGUGGGCUUCGUUUUGUAAUCCUAUUAGAAAAGCCAAUUUUCAUUUUGUGGCAUGGCUGUUGAUUUCAUUGACAAACUAGGAAAUUGAUGCAUUCUGUUGUAUGAUAUUCUUUUUGGUUUUACUUUGUUACAUCCCAUUUUAUGGAUGUGCAACAAUUUUAUCCAUAAAAUGUGGGCGGAGAUAUGGAUGUAUUAUGCAGCUUUGAGUUUCUGUAUUAUUUGAUUAUUAUCAUUGCUGA